GGGUAGGUGGAGCUAACACGCAGCUGCUGAUACUCGUCAAAAAUUGCAGGGCAGGAUUUGGAAACUGAAUGAACUGUGAGCAGAGGUCUCUUCACAAGACAUGGACGCCGGCCGUCAAGUAUCCUUAUGUAACGCGGGGAUCACGAAAACAACAGGAUGCUCAACAGAUUCUCGAGAUUUGUCGGCGAAUCCUAAACCUAUUGUAUUUGAGAUGAACUAGUAUAGCGCUCUCCGUCGUCAGUCGAAGAGAUAGGAUAUUACUCCUGGACAUAUUAUCCGUUCUGGUGUUGUCAUAAUAGGAGCGAUUUGGAAUUAAAAUACCUAUUUCCACGUGAUUCGGUUGUUGAGGCGACAUACAGUACUUUAUCUCUAAAUAUGAGAUUGGGGGGGACACGUCAGUGACGCUGGGAGCAUGCUGGACAAUAAGUUCUCAUAGGCGACUUUUCUAUAGGACUUGUAUUCUACACAUGCUUGCAUUGGAAGGAAAAGGCAGAUCGACGGGCGGGAUAGCGUGGUCCACUUGAAUCCCUGUGUCGCCCGAGUUGGUCAACAGCUUUGGAAACACCAUUCAAAAACAGUGAAUCGUGGACUCAUAUCCCCAAAAACUAGCCGAGCAAAUAACAGACGGAAUAAUUUGUUUUAACAUUUUUUUUGUCUAGUUAUUUUUUCCUUAUCACAACAGUUUGUGCCCACUGAAUAAAACCACAAUAUAGGUCGGUUGCGUCACUUCAUCGGACGGGUUGGAGAACAAGACGUUAUAUUGCUACAACUCUGUUGGGGAGGAAACCCUCUGAUGCGUUCUAUCCCUGCGACAUGUGAUGACAUCCUUCGUUGCGCUCGGUGUUUUUGAAACCCUCUCGUGUCUUCUUUAUUCGAACCCGAGGAGAUCAAAGGACAUUUGCUUUCUAUUUCGGGCUGCCGUUCGUUUUGCAUGAUGUACGACAGUGAGGAUGCGGUGGGACUCACCCCGAGUCCGAACCGGUUUUUAACUAUGGAUUACUACCACCAGAACCGAGGAUGUCUAAUCCCUGAUAAGAGCCUCGUACCUGCGGCACACCGUCCCUUCAGUUCGUCCAUCAGAAAUCAACACUGGAACGGAUCAAACCACUCCAUAGAGACCCAGAGCACCAGCUCGGAGGAGAUAGUCCCCAGUCCCCCCUCGCCGCCUCCUCCCCCGCGAAUCUACAAACCCUGCUUCGUUUGUGCGGACAAGUCCUCGGGAUACCACUAUGGAGUCAGCGCCUGCGAGGGCUGCAAGGGUUUCUUCCGCCGAAGCAUCCAGAAGAACAUGGUGUACACCUGUCAUCGCGAGAAAGGCUGCAUCAUCAACAAGGUCACCCGCAACCGCUGCCAGUACUGCCGCCUGCAGAAGUGUUUAGAAGUGGGCAUGUCCAAGGAGUCGGUGAGGAACGACCGGAACAAGAAGAAGAAGGAGGAGAAGAAGCCCGAGUGUCCGGAGAUCUACGUGCUGAGUACCGAGACGGAGCAGAUGAUCGAACGCGUUCGCAAGGCCCAUAAGGAGACGUUUCCCUCGCUCUGUCAGCUGGGCAAAUACACCACGAAUAACAGUGCAGAGCACCGCGUGGCUCUAGACGUAAACCUAUGGGAUAAGUUCAGUGAGCUGUCCACUAAGUGUAUCAUCAAGACGGUGGAGUUUGCCAAACAUCUGCCGGGCUUCACCACCCUCACUAUCGCUGACCAGAUCACCCUGCUCAAGGCUGCCUGUCUGGACAUACUGAUUCUGAGGAUAUGCACGCGCUACACUCCAGACCAGGACACCAUGACCUUCUCAGACGGGCUGACCCUGAACAGGACCCAGAUGCACAACGCGGGCUUCGGCCCGCUCACAGACCUGGUGUUCGCCUUCGCCCAAACACUCCUCCCUCUGGAGAUGGACGACGCCGAGACCGGCCUGCUCAGCGGCAUCUGUCUGCUGUGUGGAGACCGUCAGGAUCUGGAGCAGGCAGACAAGGUGGACUUGCUACAGGAGCCCCUACUGGAGGCUCUGAAGAUCUACGUGAGGAAGAGGAGGCCUCACAAACCGCACAUGUUCCCCAAGAUGCUGAUGAAGAUCACGGACCUCAGGAGCAUCAGCGCCAAGGGAGCGGAGCGAGUGAUCACUCUGAAGAUGGAGAUCCCAGGCUCCAUGCCCCCUCUCAUCCAGGAGAUGCUGGAGAACUCCGAGGGCCUGGAGGGCCAGGGGGCAAGCGGGGGCCGCUCCAGCGGAGGAGGGGCCCCACCAGGCAGCUGCAGCCCCAGCCUGUCCCCCAGUUCAGCUCGCAGCAGCCCACCUGCACCCUCCCCUUAGAUGGGGGUCCACCACCACCCCCCCAGGCAGGGACAGCCAGAAGGCAUGACUACAGACUCCCACACUGUGACAAACCAGGCCAGAGUGGAGUGGGGUUAGGAAGAGGGCCAAGCCCGGGCCCAACCAGGACGGACUUUGACGGCAAACGUAGGCCUCAAUGGACAGACAGCCGUCCCCCCCACUCCCCCUAUCUCAGACCCAGACCGGGCACCGAAACGGGGCCGAACCCAUCAUACUUGACUGAACAAUAGGGGGGGGGGGGGGCAUCUCACCUGGAUGGCACUAUCCCCAUUACCCCCUCACCACAACCAUAGACAUGCCUCAGAACCAGCACCAGGGAUCGGCUGCCGCCGCACAAGGAGUUUCAUCUGAGAUGUUCUGUUUACUCUCCUCAGUGACGACUCGCUGUUCCUCCUCUCUCCCCCUUAAGACGUUGGACGGGAAUUCAGGCUCGGUGCCCGUCAGACCUGGGGCGAAGGGGUCGACAAGACACACGUCUUUCUGCAGGGAAUUAGUCAGACAGACGGACCACUAGACUUGGGCACGAGUCAUCCUUAAAUGUUGUCAGGGACAGCAAAUGGGGGGCUCGAAGG